AUGAAGGAAGCAUACAUCAACAAAGACCUCAACGUCGAGAUCCGCGACGUUCCUGUGCCUACAGCUGGGCCGGGUGAGCUCCUCAUCCGCACAGUCGUGUCAGGCACAAACCCCAAGGACUGGAAAAUGCCCAAGUUGAUGGGUGGAGACCCAGCGAAUCAUGGUGACGAUAUCGCCGGCUACGUCGAGGCGGUCGGCGAAGGAGUCACAGGAUUCCGUCCCGGUGACCGAGUUGCUGCUUUCCACCAGAUGUUUACUCCUCAUGGUACCUACGCAGAGUACUCAGUGGCGGCCGCUAAGUCAGCAUUCCAUCUCCCCAAUGCCACCACCUUUGAAGAGGGCGCCACGAUACCGCUCGCCAGCAUGACCGCUGCUCUUGGCGUUUAUCAGAGACUCCAACUGCCUCUACCAUGGAGCCCUGCCACCGUCCCAACGCCCCUGGUGGUUAACGGAGCCGCAACAGCUGUGGGAGCCUUCGCCAUCAAGUUUGCAACCCUUUCGAAUGUUCAUCCCAUCAUCGCCAUCGCAGGAAAUGGUAUUCCAUUCGUGGAUACCUUACUUGACAAGAGCAAGGGCGACAUCAUCAUCGACUACCGACAGGGAGCCGAGUAUAUCAACGAGCAGCUUCGCAAGGUCGCAGAAAAGCAUGUUAUCUCUAAUGCCUAUGAUACUGUGUCAGAUGAGGCAAGCCUGGAGAUGCUUUCCAAAGUCGUUUCUGCAGAGAACGGAAAGAUUAUGAGUGUCGUUCCUAAAGAGGACGAGGUAACUCAGGGAAUCACGGUGCUGGGAUCUAAUGUUGGCCAUAUCCACGAGACCGCCAAAGAGGGAUUCAAGGUUGGCAAUGCAGAAUUCGGUGCUACCCUUUACAAUCUGGUUAGUCUUGGCCUGGCCGACGGCUGGUUUUCGGGGCAUCCUUACGAGGUUGCUAAGGGAGGGCUCGCUGGACUCGAGGGUGCUUUGAAGGAUCUGGAGGCGGGUAAGGCAUCUGCAAAGAAGUAUGUCUUGCGCUUAGCAGAGACGCCCGGAGUAUCUAAGGAGUAA